AUGUCUCAAAAUACCAAAAUUACUGUCGAUAAUAAACAGGAGAAGGAGACCGAUGACGAACACCAAUCUUGGCCUGGGCAUAACGAUGAUGCUCUUGACGACAAUACUACCUUAGCACCAUCAACGAUAUCUUACUCAAGAAAUGAUGGUACAUUCACAACGAAUGCUAAUGAUAAUGAAACACUAUGUGAAAAUACCGCAACUUCGUGGCAAAGAGGAACUGGUCACUUACCACAAACGAUGUCCCGUUCUAAGGAUAAAAUGAUAUCAUCCCAGUUAAGCCAAUGGAAUUAUAAUCAUAAUAAGACUAUGUUAAAACGAGGCAUCUUACAAACACGGGAUAUAUUACAUGAACUAGAAGAUGAAAAUGAUACACGUCCUAUAUUUGUAAUACAUAAUGACCCAAGGAAUAAAACUGGCGAAAAUCAACUACAUAUUUUGAAUUUACAUGUCAAAUUAGAUGGGAAUUACUCAAGGAAAGAUCAAAAAGAUAGUUUUGGCUUAGAUAAACAAUCCAUUUCUAGAUUAUUUAAAUCACAAGUAGAAAAGGCUUUGAAUCAUUUAGGGUCCUUGGAUAAAAGAGUGGAUGAUGUUUCAUCAAAAGUGUUCAUCACUGGUGAUGUCAAUACGGGGAAAUCGACAUUUUGUAAUUCUCUAUUGAAAAAGCAUGUUUUACCUGAAGAUCAAUUACCAUGUACCAAUGUAUUUUGUGAGAUUUUAGAAGCAAGGGAGAAUUCAAAUAUCGAAGAAGUGCAUGCAAUAUUACUUUCACAGGCACCCACCGUGAAAGAUGCAAAUGUGGUGUAUAACAUUAAAAAUAGAACCACAUAUGAAAUAUAUCCAUUAAAUGAAUUAUCGGAGUUAGUAGAGAAAAGUGACAGGUAUUCCCUUCUAAAAGUAUAUAUUAAAGAUGAUAAAAGACCAGCUGAACAAAGUUUAUUGAGAAACGGUACAGUCGACAUUUCAUUAAUUGAUUCUCCCGGUUUGAAUAUGGACUCUAUACAGACGGCAGAGGUUAUGGCAAGACAAGAAGAAAUUGAUUUAGUGAUAUUCGUUGUAAAUGCUGAAAAUCAAUUGACUUUAUCAGCAAAAGAAUUUAUUACCUUAGCUUCAAGAGAGAAAAAGCUAAUGUUUUUUGUAGUAAAAAAAUUUGAUAAAAUCAAAGAUAAGGACCGUUGCAAGAAAUUAAUUCUGAAACAAAUUCAAGAAUUAUCACCAGAAACAUACAAAAGUGCCAAUGAAUUCAUUCAUUUCAUAUCGAGUUAUGAUGAUGAAAAUAUACCUUCUUCAGGUCAAGGAGGAGAUCCGAAUGAUUCAGAUAACGAUAAUGAUAGUGAUAUUGACGAUUUCCCCAAUAAUAAUGACCCAGAUUUUGAUCACCUUGAAGAUUCAUUACGUAAUUUUGUCUUGAAAAGAAGAUCAAUGUCAAAAUUACUGCCCGCAAAAACAUUCAUUUGUAAACUUUUAUCUGAUGUGGAAACUUUAAGUUCAUCAAACAUGAAGAUAUAUCAGGAUGAACAAAAUGAAAUAAAGAAGAAAUUAAAGGAAUUAGAACCUGAAUUAGUGGAAGCCAAAUCUCAUUGUAAUAACGUCACACUAAACGUCGAUAAACUAGUAGAAGACGUUGUAAAUGAAACCUACGAGUAUACCAAUAAUGCAAUAUCACAAUGUUUGAUUAUAUCACCCGAAAAGUACCCUAAAUACCAAGGAUUAUCAAAAAUAUAUGACUUCAUAUUUGCUACAGAACAAUUCAUCAAAAACCAAAUUAUCCAAAGUGUUGAAAGAAGUGAAUCAUUUGCAAUAAAAAGAACUGAAGAAAGUGUUCAAAAUAUUAAUAAUCUUGGGAAGCAACAAUUAGGAGACGAUUUUAUGUCUAACCGUCAAUUUAAUAGUGAAUUAAUGUUUACUCGCAGAUCUGAUGUAACGAUUCGACAAUUAUCAUCACCUUUACAUAUUGUUGAUUUAUUUGCACCUUCAUGGGAAAGUUUUAUCCAUUACUUAAGUUGGGGUCUUUUCAAUGGUCGUCCGCAGAUUGAGACAAUCGAAAAUAAGCAAAGUGAUAUGAACUCAAAGGGAACAUUAAGUACAGCCCUAGGUUUGAAGGAUUAUCCACUAGUACAAUAUUGGACGAAACCGUCAUUGUUGUUUACAUCAAAAGUCCCAGCAUUAGUUGUUUAUUCAUUUGGAGGAGCCAAGAUAGUAGGUAAUUUAAUUAUUAAUGGGAUAACGACAUUCUCAUGGAGAACCCUGGGACAAGUUUCUGGUUCCAUAUUAGUUAUUACUUCGUUAUUAGGUGUUGCGUACUUUAUCCACGACCUUCCUAGAGCAUUGCCAUUGAAUAUAUCUUCCAAGUACAAAACUAAAUUAGAAAAUUUAGAUUAUAUCCGUAAUAAUUCUGAUAGAAUUUCCAAAGAAGUUCGUAAUGUUCUCAAGAUUCCAACGAGAGAAAUUCUUCGUUCAUGUCAAUUGGUUAUGGAUAAGAAAGAAGGCAAUAAGAGGGAGCUAGAAAGAACCCAAGAGGACAACAAGAUAUCGUACAAUUUCUUUCAUAAACUGUCAGAAAGAGCAACAUCACAACGUGCAAUUGUGGAAAGUAUUAAUCUCGAGGUAGAUUAA